CAUUCUCACGUUUAUCAACAUAUAGCUCACAGUUGCUAAAGUUGCUAACAACUCGUAACUCUUUACAGCAUCAACAGACACACCAGAGGGAUCGACAAUGAAGUCAUUACCUGUGCGAUGUUGAAUGAUCCGCAACUGCUACCUACUCAUCAACUACUGAUGGUCGAUGUCAAGCACCCUUCGAGACACGAAUAUAAACACCACCGGUGCGAUUUUACGGCUGGCCAGUGCGUGCCCUUCAUUCUUCUUAGUAAAAUAUACUAGAGGCGCCAAUUCAAAUUAUCAGUUGACAUAGCAUAUCAUCAUGUCUAUCACUUCAGCGACUUAUACCGGCCUUGCCCCCGUCUCCCAACACACCAAGGACAAUCUCACUUACUAUCCCUACGUCCUCCACAGUAUCUUUGGCAAUCAGUUUACUGCCGCUACAGCUGACCCAUACAUUCCCGCGGAAACCAUCAAACUCAACACUGGGCCAGUGGGACUUCAAGCGAGGUUGAAAGGCGAGGACGGAGCGCUCGUUGAGACUGCUCGUAAAAGUGAUGGUAGCGGUAAUGCGAUCGUCAGAAUAACAGGAAGCUGGUAUCUUAAGCCAGACCAAAAGAACAAAACCAACGUGCACCUUACUGCGGAUACAGGGGAUUCCCAUACGGUCUCCUCUAGUCCACCAACAGAUAGCCCCAACGCUCUGCUUAGUCCUAUCAAGAGCUCAAAAAGCCCACAAGGAGGAACAGUAUCACCUCAUCCACCACCACCGAAAAGCCCUGCAAAAAGGCUGGUAGACAAAGCUAAAAAAGGGCUCCACCGUUUACACGAUUUUCCAACUGUCCUUUCACGUUCUGGCAUCACAGGACAAUUUGCACCACUCAUAGCAGAGGCGGUGACGCCAAACAAAAACCAAUACUUUAAGGAGGUACCAUGUUUUGGCCUUUUCUCCACCCAAUAUAUAGCCACCAAGUUCAUCCCCCAAGGUCAGACAAUCCUUGUCGAACAACCGCUUGUCACCAUCAGUGACUUUUUCAAAAACUCUGAGAAAGAUACUCAAGAUUACUAUGAUCGAGCCGAUAAAGCUCUCAAACAGCGAUUCGACAAGAUGCUCAACCUUCAUCCCAAAGAGGGGUUCUAUGGGACUCUGUUGACUAAUGCGGUCAAGCUCAAGGAAACUGGCGAUCGUGCCAUGAUCUUUGAAAAAGCGUUAAAGUUUAGGCGGAGUUGUGAUGCAAAUAUAACCAUUGCUUGUCAUGGUGGUGGACCUGCAGCGUACUGUAUUGCCUUGACCGACAUUCGACCUGGAACCGAGUUGCUCCAACGCUAUAUUCCCUCCGAUGCGUCUCCUUUCCAGCUCCGCCAAGCACAAAUUCUUGAAGAAUAUAAUGUCAUUUGUCAAUGCCGCCUCUGCACCCUUCCCUUAAUUGAACGUGAGAGAAGCGACGACAACCGCGUCCGCCGUAGGGAGAUCCUUGAUAACCUCGACAGAGACAUGAAACGCAACCCUACUGUCGCCUUAGCAAGGGUAGAAGAAGCGAUACUGCUUGCCGUCCAGGAAGGUCUUUGGGAAGGGCUAUUUUCGGACUUUGAAAAAGCAUGCAUGAUUUGUUGUGGUUGGGGCGAUGAGGAGAGUGCGGAAAAGUGGAGAGAGCCAGCAAAGAGGGCGGCCACGUUGUCUUGGGGAGAUCAGAUUUCGAAGAUCCUUUCAUCGACCAUUAUCGACGUUGAGCCAAAGAAAACAAAAAUCUGGGACACUUUUCGCGUAGCAGCGAAAACGGAAAUGACGCAGCUGAGAGGGCCAGAUCCGGCGUUUUUGAGACAAGCAUUAAGGAUCUUUGCUUUCAUGAAUCCUCGUACAGGAAAGAUGGACCCUCUAUUCGACGUCUCUAAUAUCGAAGACGUGGGUAGGGCGAUUACCAUCACCGGUCCGGAUACCACGAUUCAUCAGCCUCAAAAAGCAGACAUGAUGAACGAGAAAAAUGAUCCGAAUAUCCUCCAGGCGCCUCUUAAUUCUAACCCUAUGAGACCUGCGGCUUCUGUGAGCCCUUCAAGUCCGACGACGAGUCCCCUGAAUCCGAAGAGUCUACUUGGCCCCGGGAGCCUCAGUCCUAAUAAAAUGAAUUAUCGAAAGAAGUCGAUGGGAAUUAUGCGCAAAAAAUCGCAUUUCUGAUGCAGUGCUUGUACCUGUACAUACACGGGCGACGUCUCGUCACUGAAGGCCAGAAAUAACGAAGAAGACUGAGUUGUAUAACAGUAACUUGAUGCCAUUUUGUUGGUGAUAUUUGUAUUAUCUAUGAUGU